AUGAGAAUCGGCUGUCUUCAGUUCGCGCCCCGGGUAGGCGAGUUUGAAAGUAACAAAUCCCGAGCUGAAGCUAUUCUUGCGCGAGCCGACCCUGAGGACCUCCAGAGCCUGGAUUUGCUUGUGCUCCCCGAGAUGGCUUUGAGCGGUUACAACUUCAAGUCUCGCGAGCACAUCGAGCCUCAUCUUGAGCCUACAACAGCAGGUCCCAGUGCUCAAUGGGCUCGUGAAAAGGCCCGUGAGUACGGCUGCACUGUCGCUGUUGGGUAUCCCGAAAAGGUUGAAGGAUUCGAGAGAGAGUACUAUAACUCUCUUGUAGUCGUUAACAGCCAGGGUGAGACACUGGCGAACUAUCGCAAGUCUUUUUUGUACUACACCGACGAGACUUGGGCACGGGAGGGCCAGGGCUUCUUCCGUGGGCCACUGGGUAAUUUCGGCCAGGUUGCUAUGGGAAUUUGCAUGGAUAUCAACCCGUACAAAUUCGAAGCGCCUUGGGAUGCUUACGAAUUCGGCUUUCACGUUCAGCGUUUACGCCCCAACCUGGUAAUCUUAUCGAUGGCGUGGCUGACGAACGACGACCGCACAAAGUUUCUCUCAAUGCCAGACAAGCCCGAUUUGUCGACAUUAAGCUACUGGGUCCAGCGGCUAACUCCCGUGCUACAUGACAAGAGCGGUGACGAGACCAUCGUCGUAUUCAGCAAUCGCUGUGGUAUCGAGGAUGACGCCACAUACGCCGGCACAAGCACUGUUCUGGGUAUCAAGAACGGCGAGGUGGUUAUCUACGGGAUCCUUGGCCGCAAUGUGGAGGAACUGUUGGUCGUGGACACGCGGGAUUUGCCGAUGGGGGAACUCGUUACCCGAUCUACGACUUCGGUGGAGGAUGAGGAUAGCGAAGCUGAGGAGACUAAUCACCGGCCGGGAGCUGAGCCACGGAGGCCAUCGGCAAAUAGUGAAGGGAGUGGUCGGGGAGUGGACUCGCCCACUCUACCGCCCAGCAACUCGAGAUCAUCUGCUGGAGGACACACCCACGCCACUGCUCAGCAAGCGAAUAUGAAUAUCAACGGUCAGCGGAAUCUCGAGACUCCUAGCCCAAGGAGCAACGCUCUCUCGGCGCGGCCAAAGCUAUCAGCUCGCAAACACGAGCUCAUGGUAUUCCCCUCCACCGGGCUCACUGCCGCCUUGGUCAAGGGUAGGAAGCCCUUUAUCGGAUUCAGGGCUCCUCCGUACAGGAGGGGACGGCGCCAUUCCGAUUGUUUUGAGUCCGAGUGUACUUGA